CUAAAUUUUAGGUCCAAGCUUCAUUCAUAGUGUACCAAAUUGUAAUAUUUUUCAUUGUACAUUGUGUUUGCCUUCUUGGUAGGGUUGUCACUUUUUUUGCAUAAUCUGAUUGGCAGUGAAGUUGGUGGUGGUUUUGUGAUAAAGUGAUUAGCUAGAGCGCAGGUGUACAUCCCAUAUUACUUAGUGAUAAAACCCCUGUUUUCAAGAAAGGAUUACUUUCAAAUAGCUUGGGUGAGCCAGCCAAUGUGUUCUAAAUGGCCGUUGCCGUUUAAGGAAUAUGAGUCAAAUCUUUAUUUCACCAUUUGGAUCAAACCCAUCUUAAUAAAGAUAUUGGCAUUUUUAAACAUAAGCCAUUGGAGGGUAAGGGUCAUCAUAACAACUUUUAGGUUAAGCUUAGUUUAAGUUUGGAGCAGUAGUAGAUGCGAUGUUUAGAAGGUAUUCCUAACCUAUUAGAGCACUUCAGUGUGAUACUAUUUUAAGCUGUCUUACAAAAUACCUGUGAUUGGUCAUUUUCUUUAAUGUGCAUUUUGAUUACACAAGUUGAAAGAAAAAAGACCUUAAUAAAUAGGCAGAUUUUUUUUUUUUUUGCUGUAAUGAUGAGUAAGUGCUGGUAGGACAGCUAGUCAGACUUGAAGUCACAAAUGGGCAGCAGUAGUUGAAAACACUGCUCAGAGAUGGAAAACAGGAAAACGUCAUUAUCUGGUACAGAUCAGAAUCUGAACAAAACAAAGAAAUCAUCUGUGUAAGUCAGAGAUUUCCUCCAGAAUCAUGCUGUCAGGUUCAUCCUUUUUUUAAGUCUAUUUUUCAUCCAUAUUUUGUGGUUUUUACUUCAAUUAAACAAACCAAGAUGUUCAUACAGUAACAGCCUGGCUAAUCUAAACAUUUUUGUCAGCAUUAAACCUCAUUAUUAUAAAUUGUCAGUUACUUAACAGUGUUUACUUUCUCAAUUAAAUCUUACUGUUUGGUAGAAAUUAAGAACACACUACCAAAUUAUAAAGUGUGAACGGUGAACUCCAUAAAUCUGUAACUGAAGAAAAAACUUUUUACUCUAGUUGUUCUACUUACUGAAUUUGUACAUUCGGUUACUCAGAAAUUUUAAGUAAUCUUAAAGAAAAUGUGAACUGUUUAAAUUUAAUCACCGUUUAAAAAAUACAUACUGUAAAUAGUGCUAUAUACACUCUGUUGUUGUUUACAGAAUUGUGUUGCUUGUGCAUUGAUUUGUUUAUAAAGCCUUAUCCUGUAACUGAAACUUUUAUUUCAUGGGAUCUGUGAUACGUAUUUUAAGUAUCAGCUCAGCAGAGGGAUCAAAUGAGGUUGUGUUGUGAAGUUCUUGUCUGACAAACAGUCCCAGAAAACAAAGUCCUCAGUAUCCACAGAAAUACAUCAGUUCAGUCUUCCCCAUAAUGUCUGCCCAAUAGCUGCACUGCACGCAGAGGGAAUUAGCUCAAGGGUUGAGUGAUUUGUUCGGUGUGAACCUGAUCACAUGCACCUGCUGGCACCACAAGAAGCGGAUGGCUGUGGUCCCCAGUGAAAGGCAGGGGGUGGGUGGCAGACGUGCGAAGGGGCAGAGAAGAUACUCUGCCUCGUGCCAAGGAGCUACUGGUGCUCUUGUGUCCUUGAUCUCCUACACAGAUGACUUUCAGUGGUGUUGGCACGACUGAAGCUGAGACGAUUUCAACCUGAAGUGCUAUGGCAGAAUUUAACUCCUUCAUAAAAUAUGACAGUCAUGUCCCAUUCAAAGGAUCUCAAGGACGACUUCCAUAGUGACACUGUACUUUCCAUUCUAAAUGAACAGCGCAUUCGGGGUAUUUUAUGUGAUGUCACCAUAAUUGUGGAAGAUACUAAAUUUAAAGCCCAUAGUAAUGUGCUGGCAGCUUCAAGCCUUUACUUCAAAAACAUUUUUUGGAGUCGUACUAUCUGUAUUUCAGGUCAUGUACUGGAGUUGGAUGAUCUCAAAGCUGAGGUGUUUACAGAAAUACUGAAUUACAUCUACAGUUCCACAGUAGUUGUAAAGAGGCAGGAGACUGUGACGGACCUUGCAGCUGCAGGGAAAAAACUGGGAAUAUCGUUUCUAGAAGAUCUUACAGAUGUUAAUUUUUCAAGUUCGCCCUGCCCCUAUGCAUACUGUAUAAAUGAAAAAGGGACUGUCAAAGAGGAAAAACAUGAAAAGAGACAUGAAGACUCUGCUGUGACAAACGGACCACGAAUUACAAAUGCAUUCUCAAUUUUUGAAACGGAAAACAGUUUGUUUUCUCCACUUGAUUUGAGGGCAAGCUUUAAAAAGGUAUCUGAGACAAUACAAGCUCCCAACAUCAGCCAUGACAGAAGCGAUGUUUGCAAAGACACUGAGCCAGCCAGUACGCUGGCUGAGCACUCCUACGCAGUUUCUUCUGGGGGAGAUACUUUCCAAGGAACGCCUUUUCUUGAAAAGGACAGCAGCCCUUCAUACAAGGUAGGUGAAGACCACUAUGAAAAUCUCCAAGCCACACCACUCGUUCAGCCAGGAAAACAAGCGUGUAGUACUCCUAAGACAGCCCUUAAGCCCCAGAGUACUGGUUUGACUACAGCACAAGCACCGGCCUCUACAGUAACCACUACAGAGUCCCAGCAUGAAGCAGUUACUGAACGCCCAAUUAUUUCCUUUCCAAAACCUCAGAAUAAACCAGGAGAUGUCCAUUUAUCCAGAGAAGAGGAAAACAAUUCUGCUAAUGUCUCUGGAUCCCCUGUGACUGUUGUUCCACCUGUUUACAGUUGUAACUGUUGUGCAAAAUCAUUCAGUGACAGGGCGUUGCUCAGUACUCAUCUUCAGCUCCAUUCAGAGAAUCAGGAAACUUUCACAUGCAAAUACUGCAGCAAGCAGUUUGCAAAUCUCAGUAUCCUGGAAAGUCACGAACAAGUCUGCGUGAGGUCGAGCAGCUUAUCGGUUCCCAAUGGAAAUGAUCAGAAUUUUGCAGAUAACUAUACUGCCACGGAGGGCAGGAAUGCAAGUUCGUAUUCAAAUACAGAGCCUCUGUUGCCUGAAAACAGCAUCACUGAUUAUUCUAAUGCAAACUGCACUUUACCAGAAACAGAUCAUUUGGUUAAAGUCGUUGAUGGGCAGAUACUCUAUACUUGCGUCGUUUGCAAGCGUAGUUACGUAACGCUGUCCAGCCUCCGAAGACACGCAAAUGUUCAUUCGUGGAGAAGAACGUACCCCUGUCACUACUGCAACAAAGUGUUUGCGUUAGCUGAGUAUCGCACCAGGCACGAGAUCUGGCACACUGGAGAAAGACGGUAUCAGUGCAUUUUCUGUCUGGAGACUUUUAUGACUUACUAUAUACUAAAAAAUCAUCAGAAGUCUUUCCAUGCAAUUGACCAUCGUCUCUCAGUAAAUAAAAAGACAGCCAAUGGAGGCUUAAAACCAAGUAUGUACCCGUACAAACUUUAUCGACUUCUACCUAUGAAAUGCAGGCGACUCCCUUACAAGUCCUACCGAAACUCUUCGUAUGAAAAUGUUCAAACAAGUAGCCAGGUUAAUGAAACGGCGUCUACCAACUGCUUCAUUCCAAGUUCUCUUAGCUCUGAGCUACCACCGCUGAAUUUUCAAAGUAAUAUAGUAGCAAACAAUAGACCUCUUGCUGUGGAGACAUCUACAUGUAGUGAUACAGCAUCUUCCAAGAAUACUCAGAAUUCUUCCCCUUGGGGAGUAGAAGUCUUAAAUUCUGACCUGCAAAGGGACUUUUUCACAGCUGAAAAAAGAGUUUCCGCUGCUGCAAAUGACUCUGGUUCUCGGGAGAGUGAUUCCUCAGUUGUGCCUUUAACUAAUGCGAGUGAAAAUUCAACCUCUGUCAUCAGCUACAGCAGUUCUGCACCCUCUGUUAUAAUGCACAGUAGCAGAGUUUCAUCAGUAAUAAUGCACAGCAAGACAGUCACUUCUGUAGAAAAUAAGACUGAAUCUUCAAAUAAUCUACCUAGUCAACCAGUAAGGGAUGAUUGUAAAUAUGGGUCAGAUAAUUAUGGGAAAUGCAUUACAAAGUCAAAAGCUGUUAAGGAGAAAAAGAAAACAGUGGUGUACAACAAAGCAGAAGCAACUGAAGAUGCACAGCAUGUCACAGGAUCUGGAGGUUCAUCCAGCAAAACAACAAGUACUGUCCAAGAGUCGAGUAAAACUGAAACGUACAUUGCAAAGCCUGCCUUACCCGGAACAUCCACUGACAGCAAUGUUGCACCUCUGUGUCAAAUAACAGUAAAAAUUGGUAACGAGGCUAUUGUAAAAAGACACAUAUUGGGAUCUAAGCUGUUUUGUAAAAGAGGCCGAAAAUCUAAACACGAAUCCAAACCGGACAAUCCAAUUGAGGAAUCGGAAAUGGAGGUAAAAGAAAGAAGCCCCUCUAGGCUCUAUAGCUCAGAAUGCCUGGAAAUGACAGAAAUGUGUGAUGAUGUAAGUGAUCAGGACUCCAGCGAUAAACCCUGGAGACCUUAUUAUAACUACAAACCAAAAAAGAAAUCCAAACAGUUAAGAAAAAUGAAAAAGACCAAAUGGAGGAAGAAACACAGCAGCAAGAACACCAUUAUGGAAAGCCACAACACUUGCAGUCGAGAGUAUGUGCUCAGGAAUGCUCCUGAGGAAAGAGCAGUCAGUCAGGAAGAGAACACAGAAAUGCCUAAUCUUCACUGUGAGCUCUGUGAAACAGACCCAUCUUCCACAGCAGAAACCCAAGAACACGUACACUGGCACGGAGCUCCUUCAAAGCCUUACACUUGUGAGUUAUGCCAAAAACAAUUUCAAAGUCCAUCCACUUUAAAAAUGCAUAUGAGGUGUCACACGGGGGAAAAGCCCUACACUUGCAAAACCUGUGGUAAAUGUUUCUCAGUUCCCGGGAAUCUGCAGAAACAUGAACGUAUUCACCUGGGUGUCAAAGAUUUUGUUUGCCAGUACUGUAAUAAGGCGUUCACUUUAAAUGAAACACUCAAAAUACAUGAAAGAAUUCAUACUGGAGAAAAACGCUACCACUGUCAGUUCUGCUUUCAGAGCUUCUUAUACCUUUCUACCAAAAGGAACCAUGAGCAAAGGCACGUACGUGAGCAUAAUGGAAAAGGAUAUGCUUGUUUUCAGUGCCCCAAAAUUUGCAAGACAGCAGCUGCUCUGGGGAUGCAUCAAAAGAAACAUCUAUUCAAAAGUUCAGGUCCACAAGAUAGAAAAGAACAGUUUUGCAGUGAAAGCACCAAACUUUUGGAAAGUCCUCAUUUUGUUGGCUCAGAAGGAAGUGAAGUGAAAAAUACACAAAAUGUAACUCCAGAAGUUAUCCGCUGAGUGACAGUUGUGCACAGAAAGAAAAUACAAAACUGAUACAAUGUAGAUGUAUUGAACAAGGAAGCGUCUCUGCUCAAUUUAGUGUCAUUUACUAAGGUCGAAUUUCUUCAUUGAAACGUGUCAAUAUAUGCAAAAGAAGGAGAAAUAACGCAGAAAAGAAAAACUAGUGUUUGCAAUAAUACAAACUUAAUGUGAAAGACCCAGAACACUUCUGCCACAAUAGACUUGUAACACAGAGAGAGAGAAAAAUAAAAAUGUUAAAAAAACUAUGAGCAACCAAAACCUUUCUACUUAGCAUUACAGGAAACUACUCACUGAACUGUUUACAGUGCUGGUUUUGAGUCUGAUUCCUUCUAGGCAAAAUAAAUAUGUAGGUUCACAGUGUAUUCUGUACAAGGAAUUUUUGCUGCAGAAAACAAUGUAUUGCAUUUUUUUUUUUUGUUUAAAGGAAAGUAAUGUGUUUAUAAACAGAAUCCUUGUAAUCUAGUGUAUUCUAAAGUGAAGGUGGGAAAUGUUUCACAAGCUUGGGUAUGCUGAAGUACAGUUGAGUUCUGGUGUGCUUUUCUGUAACUCAACAUUCACAAAACAUACUCAGGAGUUUAAACCUCUUUUCCUUUCCAUAUUCAGUUUUGUAGUAAUAACUGUUAAGUCUGAGUGCUUGCGUGGAAAGUAUUCCAGAUUUAUGGUAUCUCUGAGACAUUUAAAUAAAGAUUCAGUGGAACUCACAAGAGCCAGUCUUCCAAACUGCAUAAAUCCCAAUGUCAGUGGCCUGGUAGAGCUAUUCAGGUGCAUUUGUCUAAAAGUGUUUUCACAAAACAACCUAGCUGAGAAAUCCUGUAUGUAAAUGUCCAUCUCCUGGUGGGUCUGCAACUCCCGUCUUUCAGAAAUAUCAUUCUUCUUAGCGGAAGAAGAGGAGAUGUACACAGUCUUCCUCCUCAUCCUGGAAUAAUGCCUGCCCAACAAACAGAGCAGGUCCCCAUAAAUGCUUUCCUUUUGGGAGGAGUAGGUAAAUAUUCAGAUUAUUGCUUCCAUAUAUAUCCCUGAAGCAGUCUAAAUCUGUAAACAGGGAUAAGGCCGGUUCAUGGAGUUCUCAGUCAUCCCCUUGCCUUAACUGCAACAUCUAAUCUUCACACGUUCCUUCCCAGUGCUUCCCCCCCCAUCUGUGGCAGCAUUGGGCCCCAGGCCAGCUUCCUGGCUGUGUUCCUGGGCACUGUGGGCCUGUAGCAGGGAGGUGCCCAGAGUGGGUCGCUGGAGGAGGAGGAGUUGGCCUUUCUGCCUCCCUCCUCCUGCCACACCAAAGCGUUACGGUGAACCUUAUGGCUUCACAAUUUGCUAAGAAUCAGGAGAAGAGGCUUCUGAAAGACACCACCAAAAUAUCUCAAUAUUAUUUUGUGAAAAUGUGAUUAAUUUUAACUAAGAUUAAGAGUUUAAGAAGUUAAAAGAGAGUGUAUGUCUACAAGUUAUAUGCUAGGGCUCUAUUGUACUGUAUCUGCAUUUCCAAGUAGUCAUGUACAUUCAUCUCUGUGAUGUGUUAAACAAUUAAGUCAGGACAAAGGCUAGUGAUCCUCAACUUCAUUCUAUGUGCAAAGAUGGUACACACUUUGUUUACUUACUUUGUCUUCUCAAAUAUUUUUAAAGAAACUAUAGCUUGGGUACAAUAAAGUUACAAUUGAAAUGGUAAUACAGUAUUGAUUGAAGUAAUAAUGUAGUCUACAUUUAUUCUGUCAUUGGUGAAUGCUGUGAACCCCUUGAGAAAUUUUGGUUUCAUGGCAGCUUUGGUUCCGUUUAAAUAAGGAUAAUGGAAGAAUAAACACAGUAAAGUACAAUAAUGUUUCAAAGAAAGAACACAAAGAUAUUGUCAAAGUGGACUUGUGUGAUGGUAAUUAUAGACCAAAGCAAAUAAGGUAGAAUAUUUAUAAAUACAAAGAUAAUUUUACAAAUAUUUUAUAUAACUGUAUAGUUCAUAAGAAAAAUAUGGAUAGCUUGUGUUAGGUUUGGGGGGGUUUGUAUAUUUUGAUAAAAACACAACGACUUUGUAACUCUGUAUAUUCUCUACAGUUUAUAGCAAAGCAGUUUUAAGAUGGCAAUGUCAUGUUUAUAGUUCAAUUGUGGCACUUUUACUACAAGUAACACGUUACAGUAAUGAAUCAAGUAUUAACGACCAAAUUAGAAUUAAAGUAAGUGUAAGAGAAGGUAAAUACGUUGUCAAAGACUGUAAUUUGCUACAUAAUCGCAUCUGUAUUUUUGUUCAGAAGAAAAUAUUAAAUGCAGAUGUUAAGGAUUGAUAAAGAGUCUAAUUUUAUUUUUAGAAAGAGUGAUUCUAACUCUGUUUUUGCCUGAUUAAAAUCACAUCUUCCUAUUUUUCUCUUAA